CUCUGUACGACCAGCUGCUAUAAAACAUGAAUGGAGAAUAGCUGGAACGAAAGAAACACAUCCAAAUUAUACAAGUAUAAAAAGGCAUCGGUCCUGCGAAGGCUGGGGUCUAGAAAGAAAUGUACCAAGUUGCACAUAGGUCAUACCGAGAUCACCUAUGGGCACCAUCUAAUGUGGGUGAGACGACAUAGGUGUACGGAUGAAUACUGUAUGACGAUCCAAUAAGUGACCCUGUGCCGGAUCAACAUUAUUCUUUCUAUCCCGACUUCCUUUCCCUCCCCUUCAAAAUAAAACAUCAAUAUCUCACUAGCACUCUCAACCCGACACAGAAGAAUGACACAUCUACGCGUUAAACAAACACUUUGAAUAGUUAAAUAAAUUGAAAAGGACCCCAAUUCCAUCCCCAAAGCUGGAUCUAAAGGGCUGAAAUUUCAACAGUGUAUUCCUACAAAGACAUAGAUAUCCGUUAAGAAAGGAUUUUUUUUAAAUUCCAUCCAUAAGGAAAUCAUAUGGACAAUUUUUCACCAUGUAGAGACCGAAGUGAACUGAAGAAGAGAAGAAUGAUAGAAAUAGAAGAAAGAUGAAAUCGCGGGAAAAACUGAUUAAACUUGAGACUGAAAUGAAUACCAACUUUUGAUUUUGAACAAAAUGGCGCAAUGGUUCAUGGUUGAUCUCUUUUGAUCAGGUUCGUUCAACGGCAACCUUCCCUAGUGGUUGUAAGUUGUAACCUCGUCGAUAAAAACAUAACUGUACAUCCGACAUCGGCCAGGGCAUAAUUACGAUAUUUCAGCAUGCUCUGCUGAAUUUUUUUCAUAAAAAAGUCGAGCAAUGGCAAAUUUUGAUUUUCUCGCAACAGGCGGUUACGACCACACAAUAAGAUACUGGUACCUCACAGGCGUCUGCGUCCACACUGUUCAACACACUGAUUCUCAAGUCAAUGCGUUGGCUAUUACUCCAGACAAGCAAAGGCUUGCAGCAGCAGGGCAUCAGCAUAUCAAACUUUACGAUAUCGAAUCAGGACACACCAACCCUAUUAUAAAUUACGAAGGCAUUUCGAAAAAUGUCACCGGGGUCGGUUUUCAAGAAGACGGUAACUGGAUGUUCACGGGCGGUGAGGAUGGUACCGCAAGGGUAUGGGACAUACGGUCUAAAAAUUUACAAUGCCAAAGGAUAUUUCAAAUGACUUCUCCAGUAAAUUGUGUCUGCCUACAUCCGAACCAGGGUGAGAUGUUUGUCGGCGACCAGAGUGGAGUCAUUCACAUUUGGGACUUGAAGACUGACCAUAAUGAACAACUGAUCCCAGAAGCUGAGGCGUCUAUUCAGUCUAUAUCAAUUGAUCCAGAAGCGAAGUUGUUAACUGCUGUAAACAAUAAAGGCAACUGUUACAUCUGGUCCCUCACAAAUGAGAACGACGAGCAGACGAAACUUAAACCUAGGCAAAAAAUCGCAGCCCAUUCUCGUUACGCUCUUAGAUGUACUUUGAGCCCCGAUUCCAAGCUUUUGGUGACAUGUUCGGCCGAUCAGACAGCUAGGGUUUGGGAAACUGAUACAUUCGGCAUGGUUCAGGUUUUGAAACACGAUUCUCAGAGAUGGGUUUGGGAUGCCGUUUUCAGUGCAGAUUCAAAAUAUCUCAUAACAGCUUCAUCUGAUGGGGUUGCAAGGUUAUGGAACUUGGAAACGGGAGCAGUCGAGAGGGAAUUUUCUGGCCAUCAGAAACCUGUAACAGCUCUAGCCUAUUCGGAAAAUCCUAAAAUUGAACCUGUUGCAUGAUCUUUAUGAACAGAUAAAUCAAAAUGAUCCAAUUUUCACAAAUAAACACUUGGCUUGAUCAAUUCGCCUUAAAUGAACAAACAUUUUUGGGGCAAAAUUAGUUUUACUUAUGUCAAAACUGUUUUAACUCAUUAUUUAAAUUGUAAAUACUGGUAAAUAUUAAUUGUAAAUAUUUUUUUUUUUUUGUAAAUUGUUAUCUUUUUCUUAUAACCUUUUUGUUUUGUACCUCUUGAAUUGACUGCAUAAUAUAAUCAUUAUAAUGCAUAAGAAGCAAGAUAUCCAAAUAAAAAAUGUUCUGCGGAACGGCAGAAAAAUCAUAAAUCAGGAUAUUUUAACUCUAUCUCUGAUCAUCCGGUUCUGCUAUUUUCAUAGUUUUUGUCCAAAGGUGGCACCAGAUAUGUGAAAUUCUUUUCAUAAUUUCAUUCAACUGGCAAAUCUCAUUACCGUAAUGUUUCACAGAUAAUUGAAAAUACUUAAAUUGUUCAUGAAAAUAAUAAAGAAAGAAUAAGAUAUCACCAAAGAUCAUAAAGGUUGAAUUCAUUUUACUAUAAAUUAACUCCAUUAAUUAUGUGUACUUUAUUAAUUUGUACCUGCUUAGCUUAAUUAAAGUUCAAUGUUGUUUAAAUUCAAAA